CCUCGGCGCGGCGGGCACGUUUGGACGCGCUGUGAGCGUUCGUGGCGCGGAUGCACGUUGCUACUUGGAUAUUCGUUUCUGUGCGUAGUUGGGCAACGGCGAGUGACCUAAGUGUUUAUCGCGUGUUAUGUGUGGCGAACAGGCUCGUGCAGAGUUAUAAUCAGCGCCGAAAUGCCAGGAAAGUGUUAUGUGCCAUGGUGCGACAGCAAUUACAAGACAGGCCCCAAGGUGCACGUUUUUUCGUUCCCUCAAGCCGCCGAAGCAAGACAAGCGUGGAUAAGUGCCAUUCCACGUGAAAACCUGGUCGUGUCAGCGAAUGCCAGGGUGUGCGAACGUCACUUUAAAGCCGAAGACAUCGUUCGGGAAACAAGCUAUAUUGACCAAGCCACCGGCCGCACAGUGACCGCACCGCUCUCACGUUUGCGGCUUCGAGCUGAGGCUGUACCGACGGUAUUCCCUGAUUGCCCACGCUACCUGUCUAUAGAAAGCUCUAGAAGAGAGGACCCAGAGAGCAAGCGAAUGCGCUUAGAGGCCGCUUCCCUUGAGAAAGUGCUCGCCGAAUCAAUUCUCACUGCCAAAAAAGAGGAAGAAGCAGAUAAGCUUUGCGAUUUGAAAGAUGUCGCGAACUUCGUUCGAGGCGAGAAGCUGAAAUUUUGGCAUGUCAUCGAAUGCAGUGACCACGUCAUUUUGGCUCACAUUUGUAAUGAUGACGCUCCUUGGAUUAAGUACUCUGUUGUAAAAACCGACCUAACUCUUACGGUAAACGUCGCAAAAGCAUCAGUGAAGCGGCUCGGGUCCAGAAUGGUAGUUCCGUCCGUGAUCGACAGCAAACGACGGCUGCUGGAAUUUCUGGAAGGAGUGGAGGGGUUCGACAAUGCCCAGAGGUCAAGCUCUGAAAACUCAACCGCAGACAUCUUCGAGACUGUCGCUUCUCUUCUGAACGAACUAUACACAGCACAAGAAAGCGAUAACACCCCGAUCAUUCAACUGUUCGCUGAGCAAGUGAAGUUAAUGUCAACAAAAAAAGAACGACGGCGCUACUCUGUAGAAUUUAUGGUGUACUGCUGCAUACUAUUUACUAUAUCGCCUCACGCGUACAAGUACAUGCGCAGUCACGGGAGCAUCAUCAUGCCACACCCAAGAACCAUUAGGUCAAUAUGUUCGUCUUUCGGAAUGAACCCCCAACUAGAGCAUCAAGACAAUACAUUCCUCCGCUACAUGGCCAAGAAGAUAUCCGAGUUGAAUGAGCAGCAACGCUACGUGACUUUGAUGGUGGACGAAAUUCAUCUAAAGCCAUUUUUUGACUAUAAGGGGGGCAAAAUCGCUGGUAUCGCGUACAACACAGAAGCAGCAAAUAGUGCAUUUGUAUUUAUGGUACGCAGCCUCAUGUGUAAGUUUAAGGAGGUAGCGCACAUUGUUCCCGUUCAAAAGGCUAAUAGAGAAUUUCUGCACAACAUUUUAGGAGAUGUCAUUCGCGGCUUAGAAAAAAAUUGGAUACAAAGUAAUGUAUUCAGCGAGUACGGACCGAAUGCACUUCGAGUCAUUGGAGCCAAGCACAACCUCAAGCACUACGAAGAAACUGCCAGUUUCAUUGAUGUAAUAGUGAGAUGGUGGAAGGUUGUCAACGUAAAGACUCCUUUCAAAGGACUGAGACUAAGGGAUGACUUGCAAAAGCCAGUCUACCCUUCUCCAUUUGACCCCAAGGUUUUCUUCUUGAACGAUUUUUUGGACUGGUUGGAGGAGUGGAAGGAAAGCAGAGCGGAUGCCUCACGUGCCUGUCCCCACUUCGUCCUCUUCGAUGGUCUGGCCCGCUCCAAGAGAAUAUUCUGCAACAAUGUUAACCAACGCCUCAUCUAUUUUAUCAAUGCCAGCCAGAUGCAUCUGAUACAGCUGUACACCACCCUUUCCUCUAGCCCUUUCCUCCUCACGCCCAUCGCCUAG